GCGAGAAUUUCAACAGGGUCGCUCAUUUGGUAACAUGGCAGCCUGUCUUCUGUAUUAAUUAACAACGAACUACAAUCUAAAAUGAAUAAAGCAUUUCUCACAGCAAAUGAUGAUAGUUUAGAGAGGUCUCGAUGUGGUGGUCAUCUGUGGCUCAAUGCUGCCCUUUUUUUUUUCUUUUUCGCCGUAGAGCAUAUCGCAAGGGUCAUAUGCGUAUAUGUGCCUCCACACCAUACCUGGUAGGAACGUAGAUAGAUCGACUCCAGGAUUAUUGAAAAGAUCC